AUGCCAAGUGUUGCAGUCAGCACCAGCAGCUCCCUCUGCUCAACUUUUACCAGCAGAUGGAUGAAGACAGGUCCAGAGAACCAGUCAUGUCCAGAGAACCAGUCAGAUCAAGAGGACCAGUCCGGUCCAGAGAACCAGUCAGGUCCAGAGAACCAGUCAAGUCCAGAGAACCAGUCAGAUCCAGAGGACAAGUCCGGUCCAGGGAACCAGUCAGGUCCAGAGGACCAGUCAGGUCCAGAGAACCAGUCAGAUCCAGAGGACCAGUCCGGUCCAGGGAACCAGUCAGGUCCAGAGGACCAGUCCGGUCCAGGGAACCAGUCAGGUCCAGAGGACCAGUCAGGUCCAGAGAACAAGUCCAGUCCAGAGAACCAGUCAGGUCAAGAGGACCAGUCAGGUCCAGAGAACCAGUCAGACCCAGAGAACCACUCCAGUUCAGAGGACUAUUCAGGUCCAGAGGACCAGUCAGGUCCAGCGAACCUGACUCUGCACUGUUAA